AUGCAUUUCAUAUGCACUCUACUUGCAGCUGCCUUUCCCAUAACCCGUCGCAUUGGCCAUCCAUAUCAAAAUCGUACACCACCAAAGCGGAAAAAGCCCCGCACCUCUUUCACACGCAUUCAAGUGGCUGAACUGGAGAAACGUUUUCACAAGCAAAAAUAUUUGGCGUCCGCGGAACGAGCGGCAUUGGCGCGCGGCCUUAAGAUGACCGAUGCUCAAGUUAAAACCUGGUUCCAGAAUCGUCGCACGAAGUGGAGCGCUAUGUUUGUAGUAUGUUGGCUUGUUUGUUUGCAGUCGCGAGGCGUCGAUGAAGCAAUUUACCUACUGCCACAAUCCAUACACGAUGCAGCGCCGAAUAAUCAGCUUGUCCUGCAGUCUAAAUUCGAGUUUCACCCAGAAAGCCACACACACAGCAGUCGUAGCAGGCCAAGCAGACCAAUACCAACGCCAACGCCAACAGCAGUUGCAGUACCACUACUGCCACCGACACUAAAGUCAACGCCGCCGCGUUGUAGAACAAUAAUUGAUGACGACGAUUAUAAACGAAUUUCCUUUGACGCAUAUUGCUGGCCAAAAGCAAGUGUCGUUGGCAGCAGCAACAAUGAUGGCAAUACAGAAGCAAUUGGUAUACCUAUCCGAGUAUACUACGUAUUCAGUACGUCAGCCGUUGGAGAGGCGGCCCACAAAGUGAACUCAGGCAAUUGGGAAAAUUUCGCUUCAUUAGCUUGA